UCUUGCUAGUACUUUCCUACUUUCCUCUUAUGGAGGCGAGAUAUCCAAUGAAAUGAUUAAUUUCUUAAACUUUAUGACAUUAUGUUCAAUUUGGUUACAUAUAAAUAAUACAUUUAUUAUUUUAUUCUUACGAUAGAAUUCAAGUAAUUAAUAUCGGAAUUAUCUUUUUUAUUCGCCUAUCUUUGACAAAUUGAAAUAUGCUUUCUCCAAGAGAUUAAUGACAAGUUUAGUAUGGUGUAUUUAAUUUAAAAAUUAAAUAUUGGACACGACUUUUUAUUUGAGUUUUAGCGACAGAAAAUAUGGCUAGUCCAAGAACACGGAGAAUUCUGAGUGAACUUAAACCAAAAGAUGAAAACAAUAAAUGUUUUGAAUGUGGAACUCACAAUCCUCAAUGGGUUUCUGUCACAUAUGGUAUAUGGAUUUGUCUUGAAUGUUCAGGCAAACACAGAGGACUUGGAGUACAUUUGUCAUUUGUUAGAUCCAUUUCUAUGGAUAAAUGGAAAGACUUGGAGUUAGAAAAAAUGAGAGUUGGUGGAAAUAGAAAUGCUCGUGAAUUUUUUGAAUUACAGCCUGAUUGGGAUGAUAGUAUGUCAAUAACACAAAAGUAUAAUACUAAAGCAGCAGCAUUAUAUAGAGAUAAGAUCGCAACAUUAGCACGUGGUGAAAGCUGGAGUCCAACUACAUCUACAGUUAAGGAUUUUCAAGCUUCAAUGUAUUCAGAAAAUCAACAAGACUAUUCUUCAUAUCAAAGUGAUAUAACAAAUUCUUAUCAAAAUUUUAAUUCAAAUAAUUGUAAGUCCCAAACAGAAGCUUUCUUUGCAAGAAAACAAAGUGAAAAUGCUAAUCGUCCAGACAAUAUUCCACCUAGUCAAGGUGGCAAAUAUGGUGGUUUUGGUUACCAAAUGAAUCCACCACCUAGAAGUACAUCACAAGAACUUUUUGACAAUGCAGUAUCCUCUUUAGCAAGUGGUUGGUCAAUACUUUCUUCAUCAGCAUCAAAAAUAGCAAGUAAAGCUACAGAAAAUGCUAUUAGAACUGGAGAGUUAGCCAUACAAAAGGUACGUGAUGGUACUUUUUGGGAAGAAGUUGGAAGUCAAGCUAAUAGUAUAGCUGCUAAGGUGGGAGAUUUAGGAAGAAGAGGAUGGGGUGACAUUGGAGGAACUAAUUCAGUUGAACAAAAUCAAUAUAAUUCAAAGGAACAUUAUCAGAGUUCUUCCACUACUUAUCAAAAUAGUGAUGUAGCUCAGUAUCAUUCUACUGAAAAAACAUCUUUAAUGAAAACGUCACAGCCUAAAACUAAUGUAUUAACUGCAAAUUCUUCUAAUUAUGAAUGGGAUUGGGGUAAUGAUAUGAAACAAAGUAACCCAACAACAGAUUCUAAACCAAUUCCAAGAAAAACAAAAAAUAAAGAAGAAAUAUUGAUCAACUUUAGUACUGACAAUCAUGCAUCCAACUGGGAUUCAAAACUUGAAGAUGAUGCAUGGGAAAUAUUAAAAAAUUAAUUAUUAUUUAUUAAUUAGGAAAUUUUUAUCAAAAAAUUUGUUCAAAAUCUUUCAAUAUCUUGUUUAUCUUUAUCUUAAAGAUUUUGAACUUGUAUAAAGCAAUGUAACAGCAGUUAUUAAAGCGAAAUUAUUUUUAUUCUGCGUUUUAACUUUUUAACGUUAAGAAUAUAUAUGGAUACAUAUUAUUAAAAAAAUAGCCAUUUACGAUUAAAAUAUGUAUAUGCGUGUAUAUAUUGUGCGUUUCCAAAAGUAUAAAUAAACAUCACGUAUUGCAAGCUA